AUGCCCGACAAGAAAGCUACCGGAGCCAAGCCAGAGGAUACUCCUGCCUUGGUCCUGGAUUGCCAGAGGCGCAUCACCUUGCCCAACCAUGUCGUCAGGGAGCUUAAAGAUGCCAAGAGUGGUCUUGUCGAGGCCAAGGGCCGUGUCAAGUGUGCCAAAGAUGUGCUGGACUACACUAACAAGAUCAAACGCUACAUCCUCACGGCAAAGAUAAAGGGAGGGAAGUGUCACAGUUAA